GGGCCUCUGGCAUUGUGCGUUGGUUGGAUCCUGCCUCGUCUCCCGUCCGCACAGUCCCAGUGCGGGCUUCCCGAGCCCACGCAGCCGGGCGUCCGCUUGGGCACUUUUCAGGGCAGCCUGGCUCGGCUCGGCUCGGCUCCGCCCCCGGGAGCAGCGCCGACACGUGCGCUAAGCUGCCGGCCCUUCCUGUGGGGCACGAGUAAUCGUGUGCGCCGCAUCCAGCUGCGCACAGGCUGGCCCCCCGCCCCCCGGGUAUUGCUCUGGCUCCUGCAUCCUCCUCUUGGUGCUUUGCGCCUGGCAGCUCCUUGGCAUGUGGGAGCCUGGUCACUGUGCGGCGGAGCUGCCUGGUGCCAGCUUGUGCUGCCAGCCGGCACUGGGUGCGGAAGCUGUGGCGGGGUGUUCACGGGCGGUGUUCCUCUUCCUCAGGUUGACUGCACAGCAAACUCAAACACCUGUAACAAAUAUGGGGUCAGUGGCUAUCCCACCCUCAAGAUCUUCAGGGAUGGUGAGGAGGUGGGCGCCUACGAUGGGCCCAGGACAGCUGAUGGGAUUGUCAGUCACCUCAAGAAACAGGCGGGCCCCGCUUCCGUGGUGCUCAGCUCUGUGGCAGACUUUGAGAAAUUCACCGGUGACAAAGAUGCCUCUGUGGUGGGCUUCUUCAGAGAUGCAUCCAGUGAUGCUUACUCAGAGUUCAUGAAAGCAGCCAGCAACCUCAGAGACAACUACCGCUUUGCGCACACCAGCGAAGAGGACCUGGUGCAGAAGUAUGAGGAUGAUGGAGAGGGACUCCUCCUGUUCCGGCCCCCGCACCUGGCAAACAAGUUUGAGGAAGCGACUGUGAAGUAUCCAGAGGACAAGAUCACUAGCAGCAAGAUCAAGAAGUUCCUACAGGAGAACAUUUUCGGCAUCUGCCCGCACAUGACGGAAGAUAACAAAGACUUGAUCCAGGGGAAGGACCUGCUGGUGGCAUAUUAUGAUGUGGAUUAUGAGAAGAAUGCCAAGGGCUCCAACUACUGGCGCAACAGAGUGAUGAUGGUGGCAAAGAAGUUCCUGGACGCUGGCCACAAGCUGUCUUUCGCUGUUGCAAGUCGGAAGACCUUUGGCCACGAGCUCUCGGAGUUUGGCCUGGAUAGUAGCACGGGCGAGGUUCCAGUCGUUGCCAUAAAAAUGGCCAAGGGAGAGAAAUACGUUAUGCAGGAGGAAUUCUCGCGUGACGGGAAAGCUCUGGAGAGGUUCCUUCAGGACUACUUUGAUGGGAACCUAAAGAAAUACCUGAAAUCGGAGCCAAUCCCCGAGAGCAACGAUGGGCCAGUGAAGGUGGUGGUUGCGGAGAACUUUGAUGAAAUCGUCAACGCAGAAGACAAAGACGUCUUGAUAGAGUUCUACGCACCCUGGUGUGGCCACUGCAAAAACCUGGAGCCCAAGUACAAGGAGCUGGGGGAGAAGCUCAGCCAAGACCCCAACAUCGUCGUAGCCAAGAUGGAUGCCACAGCCAAUGAUGUGCCUUCUCCAUACGAAGUCAGGGGCUUUCCCACCAUAUACUUUGCUCCAGCUGGGACUAAGCAGAAUCCAAAGAAGUACGAGGGAGGCCGAGAGGUGAGUGACUUCAUCAGCUACUUGAAGCGGGAGGCGACCAACCCGCCAGUGCUGCAGGAGGAGGAGAAGCCCAAGAAGAAGAAGAAGGCAAAGGAGGAUCUGUAAGGGCCACCUGCCAUGGUGUCCAAGAAUGAGCUGUAUGUGCAUUGGGGAGGCCGGGGCCGCCGGCGGGUGGAGCCAGCGCCCAAUGCCAACGGGCUGAGGGACCCAGCUGCUGUACCUAGUUGUUUAUUUCUUCUGCCGUCUCUUAGCUGCACUGUUGGGCUGCCCCGGGUGGGGUGGGGUGGGGGUAGGGUUAUUUUCUAAUUUUUUUUGUACAUUUGGGAAAGCGGAACAAUAAAAGGAACCCCCUUUAAACCCAGGCAGUGAUGCCCUCUGUGCUUGGGUGCCUGUGGCUUGGGUGCUGGCAGCCUCCCCUGAAGGGGCAGCAGGCAGUCUCUGGGGCAGCUACAGUGAGGUGGUUAGGCCAGGGCAGCAGAGCCUAGGUGAGGGGCAGAAGCACA